UUGGUCGGUUUCGAUAUUUGAUAAUGUUUUACAAAAUAUUUAAUCACAUACCUACGUAAAUUUAGGCCUACGUAUUUAAAAAGAAGACUUUAUAAUAUUUAACGCGGUGCCGCCAACAAUUUGAUUCUUUUUUUCUGUGAUAAUCAUUAUGUGUUUCAUGUGUUAUUUUCGGACGCGACAAGUAAAAUAACAGUGCCGUGGGAAUUAAAACAUGUUUGUAGUUAACUUGUUAGUUUCAAUAUUUAGUUGUUUUGUAUUUUAUGUUUUGGCCGAAGAAUACGAGAACGAUGAUAGAAUGUACCUCCUAGUGUCUCCGGACCAGCACGAGCGCACGCCUCGUCUCGAAGAUUUCUUCUGGACAGGUUCAGGAGAUGGGCCUCCUCCCCCGGACUCUCCCCUGCCGGAGCCUUCUCAACCCACGCCAAUUGUCCAUACGACUACAGUCCUGGCCACUGUGUACUUGGAUUCGUUUCCACCACAGGCGGUGACCGACAAAACAACAGGCGAAUGUGUCCUCAACUGCGGAGAGCCGGUUCCUCCAGGCAGCUUGGAGCCUGAGAUUCCUGAGGACCGCCGGUAUUGGCUGCUGACUGUCAUACAAGGAUCCACCCCUGACAGCCUGCAGUUGAGGCUGGCUAGGCUGUAUCAAAAGGCCUUUUUAAGACAACAAGAACGCCACUUAGGAAUCAUAAAAUCUUUAGACGCUCCGCCAACCAGAAAGAAACACGAAGUACAUUCAUUUGUAGUUAACAAAGACGAAAAAGAUCAAAUUGCUUCCAACACCCCCCUAAGAUACCUCGAUAGCUCAAUGAUAGCUCCUUCCAUGAACGAAAUAGUACAGCCAACAAAAAUAAUAGAUUACUCUAAAAUAGACAUACCUUUUGAAAAAGAAAACCUUACCUUAAAAGAUAAUAUCAAAGCAACCAGACUUGGGGAUGUUGAAUCAUGGAUCUUAGUUCCUCCUACUGUAGUAGUAAGAAAGAGAGAGGUAUCAGAUCAAGAGAAACAAGAAAACGAGAAUGAAGAAUUAAUAGAUAUUCCUUUAGAAGAAGAUAACAGCAAUGAGACGAUGUUGUUUAAAAGAGAGAUUAUAAAACCGGAGCAGCAACCACCAGUCCAAGUCCAUAUCCAGAAUAUAACUGAGUUCACAGAAACUGGCAGCAUCCAAAUCGUCUACGUGGUGCUUGUGGGUGGCAGAGCAGUGCCUGCUGCUGUAGCUGCUAGAGACAUGAGACUCGUACGAGACGCAGAAGUGGCCACGGAACUGGGAGCUGUCGUCACUACUAAAGCUGAGCCAGCUUACCUGAAGGCGGCCGAAGGUCUGGAAGGCGAAGCAGCCGUGAGCGGAAUCCACGGGACAGAGUUGUGGGCGUUGGCUGUUGGAGCCACUAUAGCUAUUCUACUGUUGCUGGUGCUGUUUGUGCUGCUGUGUCUGGCUCAAAGGCGGAAAGCAAUCAAAUCAGCAGCGUCCCUAAGAGCAUACAGAAAUGAAAUGAUACGAGAAGCGGAAAGGAAUCAGUUGAAGCAAGUUCACGAAGAAAAAGAUGGAAGGUUGAUCAGCGUAGUAUCUCCUAGCAGAACAAGACCUAGUAGUACGUUACUACCAAUUUACAGAGCAGCUAGUGCUUCGAGUUCAUCCACGACAUCAUCCGGAAUAUCCGAAGACGUAGCGACCGUGCGUCGCCGACAGAAGAAACCCCACGCUUUGCGGAUGCCGCAGAAGAAACGAGUUGGAACAACUGACAGUCUACUGGAAGCAGCUGGAUUGGACAGUUCAGAUAGUGGACAACCUUCGGCUCCGCAGACACCGACAUCUUAUUUGUCGAUGCCUUCUGUUAACUCAUUCCCAAGAGGCAACGUAGUGGAACCCCUGUCCCGCAUCCUCGAGCCAGUAUCAGUUCGUCACCUAGACAUAGACUCACCAAUCACAAGCCCAAAGAGAACUGGAGAUGCCGUCCCUCGUCGACAGAUGGCUUCUCAAUUAGUCCGCCUGGGAAGCAUCGACAAAGACCCAGGGGUUAUAGGGCCGUUGGUGUGGGAUUUGCACUGCCAGAGGAUCAAGGAUGCAUCAAAACCGCCAAGCCCAGCCAAGUCCGUCACUCCCCGAAAAGAUUCUCGCAUGCGACAAAGAUUCAACGAGCUUAUGGACGAUGCAUUCACACUCUUCGGGAGUGCUGGCUCAUCCAACUCCCAGGACACCUAUAUCGCCGACAAAAAGAAAGAAGAAAUAGCUCAGGCGCGAAAUGACAACGUUCGCCUGCCCGGUUCUCCGUACACUGCCUUGGACACGGUGCGGGGCCGAUCUGCUGGUGCAGGUCGCGGCAGCACUGCAGCAACUAUAGAAGCGCAUGAAGCGCGGCCGCGUACGUCGCUGGUUCGCGCUGCAGAGCGCAGGGCACCUCCUGCAAGAGCCUGGGGCCCUACUCCACCACAUUCCCUAACUCGGUUACCGCCGGCGCCCACAGUGAACCCAGCUCUAAUACUGGCUCAGCCGCGCCUGCCAGCUACUGACCCUGCGCUGCCAAUCAUAUCCGCCAUCAAAACGGAAAUACAACGCGUCAGAGAACAACACAAACCUGACUGAAUCUUUCAAGACAACAGAUUUUAUAUCAACGAAAAAUAGUUCACUUUUUCUGAUGUUCAGUGCCAUCUAUUGAACGGAAGUAGAGCUAUUUUAUUCUACCACAACUGUUGAGUUAGUAACGCCAUCUAGCAAUGGUAAAGGCAUAAAUAUUGAUGGGUUGAAGUUUGUCUCUCUUCUUUUAUUUCGUGUAUGUUACACAGGUUUGUUGAAUUAUGUUAUCAAUGUACCCCAAAAACAUUUUUUUUUAAAACUAUAUGAAAUGAAUAAUCAACUUUGUAUAAAUUUUACAAACAUUGUGAAAUAAAUAGUAAGAUAAGACAUGAAAUGCAAUGGUAAAUAGUUUUAAAUCAGUUAAAUAAUCUUGUUUCUUUUUAGUAUAUAAGUGUGAUUAGAUUUUUAUAAUGUCCUGUUACUAAUACGAACUCUAUACUUCUAAUAUUCGGAUAGGCAAUCUUAAAAAUAUCUAAGUAUGUGAAGUAUAAAUAAGAAAAGUAUGUUUAAAGUAGUAAAUGAAAUUGAUUAAUCAUUUUUUUAACGAAAAAAUCAUGUUGCUAAAUGCUCAUUCUUGUGUUUGUAAAUUUGAUAUUAUAAAGCCUAUUAUACUUAUUAUAUUAUUGUUUUAAAUGUUUUAAUGUUGUUAAUUGUGUUGAAUUUUGAUACCUAGUUGUUAUUUUUAAUAUACCUACACUUUUUUGUUACUCUUAGUACACCUAAUAAGGUAAUAAGUAUUGUAGCAAUUAAUCAAUAGACCUGACACCUAUGAGGCCAAGUGAAUAUCUAACCACUAAUCUACCUGAACCUUCAUACUAUAGAGUAAGUUCCUUAACCAUUUUUAAUAAACUUUUUGAAUCUGAUUAACAUUUUAUUAUGAAAAUAAAACCACAAUUUUGUUGCAUUUUAUAUUUUGUACUUGUUUAAUUGCAAUAUAAAACACUACAAUACGUUUAAAUACUCAGUUCUAGAUAUAUAAAAAGUCAUAUUUACAAUAAAUACAAAUGACUAUGCAGUACAACCGAAAAGGCUAUUUCAUUUCAUCAAAUAUCCUAUUCGAAAAAUACAAAUAUUGAUGGGGUUUAAUAUUAAUUAAUGUUUUUUUAAUCAAUGUGCAACUAGUUUUUAUGUGAAUAGAAUAUAAGAUAAAAUGGAAAACAGCUUUCAGGCACAUAGUAUUACAAUGGCGAAAAUAAUUACACCAAGUCUGAUAAAAUUAUCUUUGGAUUUAGAUUUGCUAUAAACGAAAUAAGUACAAGAAACCAAAGUGAUAUUGGCACUAUAUUUUGCAGGGUCUGUUAAGCAUAAGAUGCAUUCACAACGCAGCUCGCAGUUAACUUUCGUAGAGCACACAACACAGUAAUACACAGUAAACGGCCACAAAGAACGCAUAUCGGUUAUUCGUCUUCGUAGAGCGUUGUCUCUUUCUUGCUUAUGUGACGUUAAUCGUCUCUUUCCAAAGUCGGAUGUGCAUUAUUUAUGGCCGUUUACUGUAACUACUAACUUUUGUUACAGGUUAAUUCAUAAGAGCUGGCACGAAUGGAUCGAAUGAGUGAAUGAAAAUAUGCAUGUGUGUGACAGAUUACCCAAUAAAAUGGUAGCUCUUGACAGUUACGAUAUCAAUACAGGCAGGGAGAAUAGAGGUACCUCUAUUCUCCAUGAAUACAGGUGUCACUCAUACAAUCAAAGUUUUGUUCAUUACAUUCGUGCCAGCACGGAUAGCAUGGUCGCGCGAUAAACGAUAAAACGCAGGCCGUCAGAUGUGCGAAAAGGACGGCCUGAUAUUUUAUCGUCUAUCGCGCUUGCCUGCCAGGUUUUGUGAAACGACCUGUACACUUGUGCGAGGUGUGAAUGCAUAUUUUUAGUAAAUACAGCGUGUGGAUUCCAUACGGGCGAAUAAUGUAUCCAGUUAUAGUAUCUGAUCAUACGAAUCGUGUAGUAUAAUAAUUUUGUUAAAAAGUGUUUUUAAUUAAGAGUAAUUAUUUUUUUAAA